AUGCGAGCGCACACAAAAGGGGCCGGGGCAGCCCCUGGUCUCUGUGCGGUGGAGCUGACUCCUGGGGGCCCUGCAGCCCUGGGGGCGCUCGGCGCGGGCUGGAAAGGGGGCAGGAGAGAAUGCGAGAACUACCCCACGGCCCUCGGGGGUUGCAACUUUGGCGAACUGGGACUCGUGCCGUGCCCUCAGACUGGGGGCUCUGGCAGGAUCAGCGUGCCCCAGGGCCCCCCUGCAGCCAGAUCUAAGGGGGACUUCGAAGAAACUGUGCCUGGCCUCAGCGAGGGGACGGGGGCCCCAGCAGCAUUGAGAGGCCCGGGUCCUGGAAAGUCUGUGCAGGAGCAGGGACCGGGUCCGUCUGGGGAGCAGGCGGCUGGGGGGGGUCCUGAGCACCACCGUGCCCGGCGCUGCACGUGCUUCACCUACAAGGACAAGGAGUGUGUCUACUACUGCCACCUGGACAUCAUCUGGAUCAACACUCCGGAGUGCUUACUCUUGAGAUCGUGGAUAUUACUGAGCACCCGCUAUGAUGAGCCAGACACCUGGAUGCAGAGACGGACUGUGCCCUAUGGACUGUCCAACUACAGAGGAAGCUUCCGGGGCAAGAGGUCCUUGGCGCCACUUCCGGGGAGCUCACAGCACUCGCCGCAGACACACUUGCGCUGUGCGUGUGUGGGGACCGAUGACAAGGCCUGUGUACGGUUCUGCACACAGACGCUGGAUGGCCGCAGGUACGGCACCGCUUACUGUGCUGCUCCUUUCCAGGGACAAGGAGUGAAUUCGCCUGGGGCAGGAAACCCACCCGGAGAGUCCCCACUUAACAGUUCACCCCUACUCCGAGAAUGCCCAGAUCUCAGUGACCCCAGUUUCCCUAAUGGGUAAAACGAUCCCAGAUGUGCCCUGGGACCAGAUGCCCGAAGCUCCAGUUUCACGCCGGAUAUUGUUUGUGGAGACGUACGGCAAGCCCGAAAGCCACUUACCGGCUUUUGACAUGACUUCUCUGGGAGAGUAGGUGGACGCCGAGCUGGCUGUCUACAAAAGUAAACACACGUCCGUCUCGUGUUAGAUGGACAGUGCGUGUGUGGCCGGGACAGGCUGGCUUCCCGUCUGCGGGCUGUGAGCUGGUGUGGGGUGAGCUGUCGGCUUCAGGCCUGGGUCAUGCCUGUACAGUAGUUCUUGAGUUUGAAGCGUGUAGUACUCAGAAAUUUCAGCUGAACAGUGCAUGUCAGAGAAAGAAGACAGAAGAAGCAAAGAGCGCAGAGGCUGUCCUCCUUGGGACAAGAAGAGGAGAGAUGUCUGCUGGUUUUGAACUCGGUGUGUCAUACAGAGCUUGUACUCAUUCCCCGGACUGGCCCUGUGUGUCACUAUAGACACCGUCCUGUGCUGUGAAGGCCUCCUUUUCAGGAAGCCAGCUGUAAAGACAGCCCCGCCCUGCAAAGCGAUUAGGCUGAAUGUUUGCUUUCCCAGUAAAUGUGGAUCUUUGGGGAGUGGCUUCAAAACAAACCACAAACACAAACUCUUCAUAAAUUAUGUAAAUUCCUAUUUAUCUAUAUAAUUGGCAACAUCUGGGAAUUGUAACGCCCCGUGGUUCUCCUUUCCUGCGUUCUCGAGGCGAGUGUGAGUCACCGGGAUGCUGUCCCCUCUACUGGGCACACGGGGAGCAGCUGUCCAUCUCCCCCGCGGGUCACAGAGCCAUGAGGAGGGUCUCUGUGCGGAGACAUUUUAGGUGGUGCACGAUGUAACAUUGGCCUCGACCAGAUAUCCAUCUCGGGAGGCACAUUUCGUAAGUUAUUAUUGGGAUAAACAUGCUCAUCUACCAGGAGGAAGUGAAAGCAAACUGAUUUGCUAGCAGGAUUUUGUACAGUUUAGAGAAGCAAUUAUUUAUUGGGGAACUGUUCUCUACUUCAGCUCCUUUAUGGGAUCUGCUAAAAGUAAAGUCACUGUAUAGAUAUGGAGAGAUUUUAAAUUGCGCUCUGAAUCUAAACUCAUAUCCCUUUAAGCUUGAAUUACAUUUUAAAAACUCAUAUGCACUGUUUGGCACAGUGGCGAGAUGGUAUCUUGGAGAGAAAUUCAUUUGUUGUGCGAACACUCAGAAAUUACUAACUGUCAAAUGCAUAAUAAAAGAAAAUCCAAGAGUUUGCUCUGAUUUGUGGGUUCUUUCCUUUCUGUUGUUAUAUGU